AUGAGUCUUUUACAGCUGAUUGGAAAAGCAGCUUAUAAAUGCAUUUUAUCAUCAAACAAAAAAUCAGAUUUUCAAGAACUAAAAAACCUAUUUUCCCGUGUUCAAAAGUCCGAUCUGAAUUUCACGGCCUGCAGUGAUUACGACCUGGACAAAUAUCGACAAAUCUUCCUCCAAAUAUUCGAGGAUACUAAAAUAAUGGCCUUCAUAGUCAUCCUGGCAGAAAAUGCCCGAAUCCCACUCCACGACCACCACCAAAUGAACGGAUUUGUAAAGAUCAUUGAAGGAUGUGCCAAGGUCGAGACCUUCACCCCCGUCAAGGAGGGAAGGUCACCCUCUGAGAUCAUCUGCAGGCGGGAAUUGGAGGGAGAGAUCACAUCUGAGACCAAAAGUUGUCUCACUUUGUCUCCAAAUUUUGGGAACAUUCAUCAAUUGUCGGCCAUUAAUGGUCCUUGUGCGUUUUUUGACAUACUUUUCCCGCCAUACGAGAGUGACUGUCUUGCGGAUAUUUGGAAGGACAUUCGAGAACGUAUUAAAUACAGAGGUAAAAUCUUCUGGGGUAAAGCCAAUAUUGGCAAUUUCGGAUUUGAGUGGAUUGAUGGAUAG